AUGGCGUCGUCCGUGGAGCGCGAUGACCUAGUCUGGGUCAACAACGUGCCGUACAAUGUGAAGGAAUUCGCCAGCCGUCAUCCUGGAGGCAAGACCUUUGUCAGCUUGUAUGGUGGCCGCGAUGCCACCGAUGCCUUUGCCACCUAUCAUCGACGUACAUUUCCUCACAAAUCAAUGCAGGGCUAUGCCGUGCCAAAGGAGGUGGCAGCUCAACACGAGCCCGUGGCCUCCUCAUCCCUGAGUGAGGAUGAUCCCGAUUUUUUGAACUUGUGCCGCGAGGUCAACGAGUUUCUUCACAAAACGGGGCGAGGCAAAGGUUUUGCUCCACCCGUGUACUACCUCAAGGUGGCACUGAUCCUUGUUGCAGCCGUGGUCCUCGAGGUCUCAGUUGUUCGCGAGCCCAACGUAUUUUUGGCCGCGCUUCUCGGCUUUGUUUUUGCCCUCAUCGGCCUCAACAUCCAACACGAUGCCAAUCAUGGCGCUGUGUCUCAGCGUCCUUGGAUCAACAUUGUUUUGGGCAUGACUCAGGAUUGGAUUGGUGGCAACUCUCUCCUCUGGCUGCACCAGCACACCACGAUCCACCACAUUGAAUGCAACGAUCUCGACCAUGACCGGGAUAUGAUGGACAACCCUGUCCUUCGCUUUAGCCCCCUUCGUUCUCGUUGGUUCUUCCAAUCCCUCCAAGGCUUUUACUUUCUCGCCCUCGAGGCUGGCUACGCCGCCAAAGUCAUCAUCGGCGAUUGGUAUAACCUUUUGCUCAACAUGUACGAGGGUGUACCCAUCUCGCGUACCGUGCCCGGUUGGCGUUGGUGGUCUUCAGUCCUGGCUCGUAUUUGCUGGCUUGUCCGGCUUGUUGCCAUUCCCGUUUACCUCCAUGGUUGGCAGGCAAGUUGCUUUCGUGCACAGCACAUGUUCAUCGUGCACGCGCUCGCCUGCACGCGGCCCAUUCCCUUCAUGUUUCAUGAAGCGUUUGACUGGGCGUCAAACUAA